AUGACAGUUGGCAGGGCCCAAUACUAUGCUUUAGCAUUGAUCAAGGAGCUUUUUUUGAAUUUGCCUUUGUCAAUGACUGUGGGGAUACUCUAUGAUAUUGGUUGUCAGUUGGAGAGAAGGUUGUUUCAUGCAUAUGGUCACCAGUGGCCAUGCCAACUAAUCUACCACCCCCGUAAAUGUGAAGGUUUUGGACUCUCUGAUGGAGAGGGCUGUGAAUGCUUCUGGAGUUCCAUAAAGUUAAUAAUUCCAUCAAUGUGUGUGGCAGGGUUCUACCAUCAUCUGUUCACAAUUGAUACUCAGGUGAAACACCUAGAGAAAAAGUCAUUCAAGGUGAUGGAAAAAUGGCUUCAACAUAAAUGGCUGCAUUGCCUAGAAAAGAAGAUUGGGGCUGAGUAA